AUGAAGUGGCUUUCGGUGGUGGCGGUUGCUGCCAGUGCUUUAGCUAUCAACCCGAUUGAAGUGGUGGGCAACAAGUUCUACGACUCAAUCACAGGGGAACGGUUUAUGAUCAAAGGGGUCGCCUACCAGCAGAAACCCGCCUAUGCCGCUGCCGACGAGACCUCGUUCGUCGACCCGUUAGCCGACGGCGACGCCUGCAAGCGUGACAUUGAAUACCUCAAGCAGCUCGACACCAACACCGUACGUGUUUACGCCGUUUCCAGCAACCAGUCCCACGACGAGUGUAUGGCGGCGUUCGCCGACGCCGGCAUCUACGUCGUCGCCGACUUGGCGGCCCCGGACUUGGCGAUCACCAGCUCCGUCGACUCGUGGGAGUGGUCCGUCAAGUUGUUCGACCGAUACAAGGCCGUCAUCGACGACUUGGGCAAGUACGACAACGUCCUCGGUUUCUUCGCCGGUAACGAAGUGUCCAACGCCAAGAACAACACCGACGCCUCCGCCUUCGUCAAGGCCGCCGUGAGAGACCUGAAGCAGUAUAUUAAGGACAAUCACGACACGUUUGGCCGCGCCAUCCCCGUGGGGUACGCCACCACCGACGCCAACGACAUCCGUGUGCGCACCGCCCACUACUUUGCCUGUGGCGACGCCGCCGACCGGGCCGACUUCUUUGGUAUCAGCAUGUACGAGUGGUGUGGUGCUGCCGUCGACUUCGACACCUCGGGCUACAAGAACCGCACCGAGGACUACGCCGACAUGCCCAUCCCCGUGUUCUUCUCCGAGUACGGGUGUCUUGAUAGCGACGGGCCCAGACCGUUUAACGAGGUCGCCGCCCUCUACUCCGACGACAUGACCGACGUGUGGCUGGGGGGUAUCGUCUACACGUACCAGGAACAGGGAGACGACUACGGGUUGGUGUCGGUGUCCGCAGGCAACGUGUCGACGCUGGACGACUUCAUCAACUUGCUGGCGCAAAUGGCUCAGCUUCCGUCGCCGUCGUACUCCCCUCGGGCCUCGGCCUCGGCGUCAGCGUCGGCGUCGUCGGAAGAGGCCUCAGCCACUGUCGCCUGCCCCGCCGUCCGGUUUGGAGAAUGGAACGCGUCGCCCAAGUUGCCCCCGACUCCCGACGCCGACACCUGUGCCUGUGUGGUGAACUCGUUGGAGUGUGUUGUUGAAGACUUCGUCAGGGAAGAGGACUACAACGAAUUGUUCGGCAUGGUCUGUGGCCUCGACCCGUCCCUCUGUGGCGCCAUCAACGUCAACACCGGAACCGGUAAAUACGGGGGGAUGUCGUUUUGCUCCAUGAGGGACAAGGUGUCGUUUGUGUUGGACGCCUUCUACCAAGACCAAGGGAAGGCGGCAGACGCGUGCGACUGGUACGGCGCCGCCAGGAUCGUCACCCCAGCCCCGGUGGAUGACUCGUGCAAGGCCAAGAUAGCGGCAGCCAGCCUGCAAACCGUCAGACCCUGGUAA